UGCUUUCAAGCCGGAACUUUUUUAUUUAUAAGAUUUGGAAUAUGGUUUCGGGCUUCUCAGCAUCGCCAAGGGGCAGCGAUUAGUUGUGAAUCGUUGUUCGGUGUUAUCAGUCGCCAUUUCUGAAACGGAUCUCCAAGAUCGGCCGGCGAAUGUCGUCAAAUUCUGCAGGAUAAUAUCAGGUAAACACAGAUGGUGGGAGUUACUUCUGGUGGAGGAACUGGGCGUCGUUUACCGCAGUGGAUGCUGGGAGUCCGUGCUGACGACCAAGUACAGAGAACUAAUGAUGCAGAGAACAACGAGAAGGGUCUAGAGGAAGAACUUGACUCUCAAGCAUCCCUAGCCAAGGAAGCAAAUUCGGUUAGGUGUCAUCCAAAAUUAGUGUUGCAUCAACAGAAAGAAGUUUUGAUGGAUGAUUCGUGCGUUCUGGAAUGUGAAUCUAAGAAAAGGAAGGGAAGAAAACUAAAAUCAAGUCAAAUUGAUGAGGCUAAGGAUGGUCACGACCCUGAGGCAGUCCCAGCUAAGAAAUCAAAUAGAGUUAGAAGGAAGCCUUUGAGCUCUGCUUUGGAAAAAAGAAAAAGACCUAGAAACUCGGGCUCCACAAGCAAUUUGGAUAUCCAAGUUCAACCUCCGGAUGAUGAUGAUAUUGAACUGACAGUGGAAGAUCUACUGGUCAUUGCAAAAGAGUAUGUUGAAGCUGACAAGGAUAGGGAUAAUAGGCACAAAAUAUAUGCAGAACGUGAAUCUAGUAGAAUAAAUCAAAGAACAAGCUACACUAGGAAUCAAGCUGAAGGAUCUUUUAUUACUAAUAAUGAUAGCAAGCAGAGUGCACUGGUUCUUAAAACCUCAAUUCCUCAUGAUUCAACUGCAAUUUCAGAUGGUGAAAAGGUUGAUAGAAGUGUCAGCACAAUGGGAGAUCCUGCGAAGGACAUGCUGAAUUUGUUUUUGGGUCCUUUGCUUAAGAAGUCUGUAGAGAUUGAGCAAUCCAAGUUUCUUACAAAAGAUGUACAAUUUUCUUGUGACUUAAAGAGUCAAAAUCAAAGGCAUAAUGAUAAUGUUGGAGAAGUAGUCUCAGUAAUGAAGAAGAAGAGCAGCCUGAGAGAUAAGGUUGCAAUAUUCCUUGGCUAAAUAAAACAGAUAAACCUAUUACAGUGAUGUUUCAAGAAAGAGUAGAUAUCCCAAGAUGUUUUUUGAUCCUUGAUAAUGGGCCGACAAGGAUGAUGGAUUUGAGCACAUCUGUGACUGAAGUUUGAUCUUCCAAAGACCGGAGAGGAAAGGGGAGUGAGGCUGGUUAUCAUAGGGAGACAAGCAAACGUGAAGUGUCUAUAAGGUGAAGGCUCUCUGCAACUCCCAAUUUGAGAGUGAUAAGAAGGGCAGAGGAAGUAUGCUAUCGAAUAUCUUUCCCUCAUCGGGUUAGCCACGACCCUAUGCUUUGCACUCUUGUACGUAUCAUUGCUCCAGGCCUGCAGCUUAACUUAUUAGUCCGUGAUCUUUUGUACUUCUUAUAAUAUUUGGCAAUCAAAACUAGUUUGAUAAAUACUAACAUCAAAUAAGAUGAUGUAUUAGUUAAAUAAACAUUUCUCUUAAAAAGGAAAAAUACUUUUUGAAAGGAAUCCCAAAACUCAUCCUACUGUCUAAGGAAUUUUCCUGUUUGAGUUUGAGGAUGAUUUUCUUUUGGGAUGAGGAACACAGUGGGGUUGUGAAGCUUGUUUUUGUUUGAAAUUUGUAGGAUAUGCGAAUCAGAUCUUAGAGGCUCUUUUUACUGUGUUUUAUAUGGAACUAGUUUUUUGCCA